UCCUCCACCUUGGGUAUUCCCUCUCCCUUGUUUCUGCCUUUCCUUUCCUUUCCCCCCUUUCGGUCUCUUCUCUUGACUCAAGAGCUGCUUGUUUUAAAGAGAAGAGGAUACCCUUCUUGGGCUUUAAUGAUUAUUGUUUAACUUAUUGUUAUUACUCUUGGGAAAGAAGAGCCUUCUCUUCCGAGGAAGGAUGGCUUCCCCGCCGCCUCUGCUGUUCCUCUGGGCUGCUUUGGCCCUUUGGGCGCCUCAGGCUGAAGGUGCCUGCAUCUAUCGAGGCUCAUCUUUAGAGAACAACACCAUUUGGAAGCCGGACUCUUGCCAAGAGUGCCGUUGCCAUGGCGACAUCAUCCUAUGCGAAGCCAUCAUUUGCAGAAAUCCUCGAUGCAACUUCUGGAAGGGAGAAGUCCUCCAAAUACCCCCCAGUGCUUGCUGUCCAAGGUGUGUUUCCCAAACUGAGGGCUUUUGUGAACAUGAAGGACGAAUCCAUGAGCAUGGGACAGAAUGGACAGGUUCUGGAUGUACAACCUGCUCAUGUGCAAAUGGAGAGGUUUUUUGCAACCCCAAACCUUGCCCUGACAUUCCUUGUGAGAGAAGUCAAGUGAAAUCUGACAGUCAAGAAAAGUGUUGUCCACAGUGUCUUGGCAGUGGAGAGACCUGCUCUUUUGAUGGCCAGAUUUUCCGGGACGGUGAGGAGUGGCGAUUCAGCCAGUGUGCCAAAUGUAUUUGUCGGAAUGGGACUGUGGAGUGCUUUACGGUGCUCUGUCAGCCUGUAUUGUGUAAUGAGGGUGAAAGUGUCAUUGUACCAGCUGGAAAAUGCUGCCCGGAAUGUACUCAGAAAUCCUGCUCCAUAUCUGGGAGAGCAUAUGAGCAUGGAGAGCAGUGGAAGAAAGACUCCUGCACAACCUGUAUUUGUGACAGAGGAGAGACCAAGUGCUUGAGAAAAAACUGCACCCUACUGACCUGCCAGGAGGGAGAGAACAAAGUGCAGCCCUCUGGAAAAUGCUGUGAGGAGUGUGUACCUUCCAAAGGGAGCUGUGUCCAUAAUGGCACCAUCAGGUACAACAACGAGAUGUGGAAUACUACUCACUGCGAGUUCUGUAUAUGUGAUGGAGGUCAGGUCACUUGCUGGAAUGCAGAGUGUCUCCAAGUGAGGUGUUCCCUGGAUGAAGAAUUAGUUCAUUUAGAAGGCAAGUGCUGUCCAGAAUGUAUUUCAAGAGGUCGGCCCUGUGUUUAUAAAGAGCAUACCAAAGAUAGUGGAGAAAAGUGGAAGGAAGGUCUGUGCCGUGAAUGUGAAUGCUGGGACUCUGAAGUGGUCUGCUAUGCUCAGUCUUGCCCAACUUGUCCCUCAGGCAGUGUGGCUGUUGCUGUGCCAGGAGAAUGUUGCCCUCAGUGCCAACCAGGUCAGUGCCAUUCAGAUUGCUUGACCUGCUCACAGGCUUUCAAUCGCUGUGACACCUGCCGUGAUAUAACCAAGAAACUGCAGAAUGGGCACUGUGUAGCCAGCUGUGGAUCUGGAUUCUAUGAGGAUACUGGACUUUGCUUAGCCUGCAAGGAAACAUGCUCUGCUUGCCAUAAUGGGUUUGUGUGCACUUCAUGCCAGGAUUCACUGCAGUUGAAGGAUGGCCAGUGUGUGGCUUCAUGUGGGGAAGGGUUCUUCCAAGGACUUUCCCAGUGUGUAGCUUGCCACGAAUCUUGUGCCACUUGCUGGGGCCCAGCAGCAGACAACUGUUACUCCUGCAAAGACUUAUCUUAUGUAUUAUUGGAAGGCUUAUGUGUUGCUAGUUGUGGGCAGGGAUUCUACAUCAACGAUGGCAUUUGUAGAGCCUGCAAUGAGUCUUGUGAAACAUGUUACCCAGACCAGCCUGGAUGUAUGUCUUGUGCUUCGGACAGAAUUCUACAUAAGGGAAAUUGUGUGUUUAAAUGUCCUCUUGGCUACUAUGCAGAUAAUUCUCAGAGAUGCAGAGUUUGCCAUGAUUCCUGCACCAGCUGCUUUGGACCUUUAUCUACUCAGUGUACUUCAUGUUCUUUCCCUCUUGCCAUGCAUCUGGGUCAGUGCCUUUCUGCUUGUGGAGAAGGCUUUUAUCAAGAUCACACCACCUGCAAAGGUUGCCAUUCAUCUUGCCGUGAAUGUGUUGGCCCUGAAUAUUUACAUUGUACACAGUGUAUGAAGGCAGAGAAGGGUCUGCAACCAGAAACGAACCUUGAGGGAAUACCAGUUGGUAUCUGCCUCCCCCAGUGUAAAACCCAGUUCUAUCUUGAUUAUGAUGGGGUGUGCAAAGAGUGCCACUCCUCCUGUCUGUCUUGUAUGGCAAAAUCUCCAGAAAACUGUACAGCGUGUGCCUUUCCUCAAGUUCUUUAUGAAGGCCAGUGUCUUUCUCAGUGUCCGGAAGGAUUGUAUCAUCAGGAGGGACAGUGUUCCUCAUGCCAUCCUUCUUGCAAGACGUGUGCUGGGCCUUCAGAUGCUGAAUGUGUGUCCUGCCAGCCCCAUGCAACUUUUGUCAAUGGAAGAUGUAGAACCUCCUGCAAAGAGGAGCAAUACCUUAAUCUGGUGGGGUACUGUGUUGAUUGUCACCCCCUGUGCAACCAGUGUGUGGCAGAUCUCCAGAACACAGGAAGUAUCUGCUUGAAGUGCCAAAAUACCGGUCACUUGCUCCUGAAAGAUCUCUGUGUACCUGAAUGCCCUACAGGAUACUACAUGGUUGGCAGAGCAUGUCAAAAGUGUCAUCCUUCAUGUAAAACGUGUUUGGGAGGAGGCCCUCUCUCCUGCACCUCCUGUGACUCCAGCCUCGUCCUUUCUCACCUUGGCACCUGCAUCUUGGCUUGUUUCCUUGGGUUCUACAGAGAUGAGAACGGGCAUUGCCAAUCUUGCAGUGAUGCGUGUCUGAGCUGUGAUUCAGCAACCAGUUGUACGUCCUGCAGAGACCCCUCAAAGGUCUUGCUCUUUGGGGAAUGCCAGUAUGAUAGCUGUGCGCCACAGUACUACCUUGACUUCUCCACCAAGACCUGCAAAGAGUGCGACUGGAGCUGCAAUGUCUGCAGCGGCCCCCAGAGUAAUGACUGCUUGCAGUGCAUGGAAGGAUACGUUCUCCACAAUGGUGCCUGCUUGGAAAGGUGUCCACCAACUUUUUAUAGUGGAUCUGAAAUGUGCCAGAGAUGUGAUGAUGACCAUUGUCUUCAGUGUCAUGCUCCCAACAAAUGCACCCACUGCAAAGCCCCGUUCUUCCUCUUGGGAUCACAAUGUGUCUUGGCAUGUGGGAAACGAUAUUAUGCAGACCAUGGAGAACAAAAGUGCUCAGCUUGCCCAGAGGGAUGCUUGGAAUGUGAUCAAUCAGGUCAAUGCCAUAUCUGUGAUACCACUAUGUUUCUUCAAGGAGUUCAGUGUGUUUCCCUUUGCAGCCGUGGCUUCUAUGGCAAUCCACAGAGCAGGGAAUGUAAAACUGUCAUGAGCUCUCUGAUUCUCAAGACAAACAGCUCCCUCAGGAUUGGAAUUGGUGGGGUGAAACCACUUGAUGUCUCCUUUCUGGGGAUGCAGGCCCUUGGUGGCUAUGAUGAAGAUCUGUUAGUUCAUGUGGUAGGCCCUCCUGCCAAUGGCAAGCUAGUGACAAUCACUGAUGGGAAGGAGACAGUGCUGAACCAGGGUGAUCAUUUCACUGGAGAGGAUGUGAAAAGGCAGAGAGUUUUCUUUGUUCAUGAUAAGAAGAAAGCCAGGAAUGGCCAUUUUUCUUUAAAGAUCAGCUAUCAACAGUUCUUCUCUGAACCAGAAACAUUCACAGUUCAAGCCCAAUCAGAACAGCCCCCCUAUGUACUGCGCAACGAGGCCCUUUCUCUUAGUAAAGGUGAAGCUGGAGCCAUAACCAGCCUCUUGCUCGAUAUUCGAGACAAUGAUAAUCCUCAGGAUGUGACAGUGGCCAUUUUAGAUCCUCCACAUCAUGGGCGAAUAGCCAAACUUCCUGAGGACACACCAUCAGUGAUAAAUACUUUCCAACUCAAUGAUAUUUCAGAGGGGCUAGUGCAUUACAUCCAUGAUGGAUCUAACAGCUUAGAAGAUAUGGUGCUUCUACAAGCCAGUGAUGGUUACCACUUUCAGAAUGUGCUCUUCCACAUCAAAAUUGCUCCAAAGUCCUCUUGGAACACCAGUGGGGCCCCUCGACUGGUUGCCAGCUCCAUGGUAUGGGUCCCAGAAGGAGGGAUGCUGCAAAUCACCAACAGAAUUCUGCAGGCUGAGAUGCCUGGUGUCAGUGAUUCUGCAAUCAUCUACAUAAUUAGAGAUCAGCCACGCUAUGGUGAAGUGGUGUUUCUGGUCCCCAUGCCUGCAGAUGACCCUGGUUUAGUAUGGCAGCCAUUACCAGAUGGAAGAGCAGCUUCUCCAACCACCACUUUCACACAGCAGAACAUCAAUGAAGGCGUCAUAUGGUAUAGGCAUUCUGGAUCUGAGACGGAGAGUGACUCCUUCCGCUUCCAGGUAUCCAGUACAUCCUCUCCACAAGCCCAUCUGGAAACCCACCUCCUCAGCAUUGCCAUCCUACCACACACUCUGGAUUCACCUCUGCUCUCCUUUGGGUCUUCUUUCCAUAUGACUGCUUUAGAAGAUCGUGUGACCCCUAUAGAGCCACAUCAUCUUUCCUUUGUUGACUCAGAGAAUCCAAGUGGAAAAAUUGUGUACAAUGUGACUAUACCCUUGCCACCAAAUCAAGGUAUUAUUGAACAUAGGGACAAGCCUCUCUCUCCAGUAAAGUAUUUUACACAGAAUGAUGUCAACCAUGGCAAAAUCGUGUACCGUCCACCCACAGCCGCCUCACAUAUCAGAGAGAUGAGGGAGUUCUCCUUUGCUGGCCUCCCUGAAUCAGUCAGCUUUCAUUUUACAGUGUCAGAUGGAGAUCGUACAAGUCCUGAAAUGAUGUUUACCAUCCAUUUGCUUUCCACUGAUGAACAGCCUCCAUUAUUACAGAUCACUGCUCCAGUCCUUGAGGUCAGUCAAGGAGGGAGAGCAACCAUUGGAAUACAGCUAACAAUUGGUGAUGUUGACACAGUGCCUGAAGACCUCUUCUUUGAGGUGGUAGAACCUCCUCAUCAUGGAGCUCUCCUUAAGCACAGUUCUGGAUUUCCUAACCAUCUGAGUACAGGUGAUACCUUCACCUAUGAGGAAGUCACCAGGAAUGUUUUGCAGUACAUCCAUGAUGGCUCUUCCACAGCAGAAGACACAAUGGAGAUAUCAGUAUCUGAUGGAGUUACUACAGCAACAGCCAUGCUGAAAGUGGAAGUGACGCCAAUGGAAAAUGAAGGUCCCAGGUUGGAUCCUACCUGCUCAUUGGCUAUCACAGUGGCUGGCAAAAGCUCUGUGAUCAUCACCCGAGCUCAUUUUGCCUAUAUUGAUAAUAAUUCCCCUGAUUCCAAGAUAAGGAUUCAGUUAAUUUCUCAUCCCAUGUAUGGCACCCUUGAGCGGGUUAUCCCUGGACAGCAAUCUGAGGAGUUUUUUGAGGUCUACAACUUCACAAUGGAAGACAUCAACAAUCAAAGAAUCAGAUACUUCACUGAGUUUGAGACCAUCCAUCAGCCCGUCACAGAUGUUUUUCACUUUGCUGUUUUUGAUGCUGAUGACAACCAGCUUGACAGUCAGAUGUUCACCAUCACGAUUGUGGCAAUCCAGAGGAAGCCUCCAGUCAUCACUUUUGCCAACCACAUCACGGUAGAUGAAGGAGGGCGGGUACCACUUAUCACUCACCAUACUCUAGCCAUUGAUUCUGAUCUUGGCCAAGAAGACCUUGUGGUGAAAAUUGUUUCUUUUCCAAAAUAUGGAUAUAUUGAAAAUACCAGGACAGGGAGCCGACUUGGCCCUGGAAGCACCAGAAGCUCAGAUAUUUCAUUCUCUGUUCAAGAUGUGGUGAAGAACUAUAUUUAUUACUUUCAAAGUGUCCAUGAAAGUAUUGAACCAUCAGUCGAUACUUUUAGUUUUUAUGUUAGUGAUGGUUUCAGCCAAUCAGAAACUAGCAGUGUCAACAUCACUAUUAAGCGCCUGAAUGAUGAGCCUCCUGAAAUGCAGUUGGAGCCUAUCAAAGUCCAGGAGAACAAAGGCACGGUGAUUAGAAAUUCCUCCUUGAUGGUCAAAGACCUGGACACUCCAGACAACCAGCUGGUCUUCAUGAUAACCAAGAAACCCAGUCAUGGUUAUCUCCGCAAGAGGUUGUCGCCCUUGGAUCCCUUGGAGAAUGGAGAAAUUCUCUCUGAGGGUUCAACCUUCACAUAUCAGAAUGUCUUGGAUGAACUGAUGGUUUACACAGUGGAUAGUUCCAGAGUCCAAUCUGAUGAGUUCAGAUUUUCACUUUCUGAUGGUCUCUACACACAGACUGGAAAGGUGGAGUUUACUGUAGCAUUGUCAAGGACAGAAUCGCCCAGAUUGGUCUUGAACAGAGGCCUGCAACUUCCUGCUGGCUCUGUAGCUGCCAUUACAGACCAGCAUCUAAAAGCCAUGGACUCUGACUCGGAUGACUUGACUAUCAGAUACAUCAUGAAAAAGGAUCCUAUUGUUGGUGUUCUGCAUAUGCAUAAAAGGGAUUCCCUGGUUCAGAUCUCUGUCAAGGGGCCGAUCAAAAGUUUCACACAAGCUGAUAUAAAUAAAGGAGUGAUAGAGUACAACCACAAAAAAGGGGAACGUGGUGGGACAGUUGCUUUCAUUUUUGAUGUAUCAGAUGCAGAAGGAAACAAAAUGGUGGACCAGGCAUUUCCAAUCAGCAUAAUAGAGGAUCGGCUGCCUCCAUCUGUCAUUGUCAACACUGGACUGACCCUGGAUGAAAACUCAGUCAAGAAGAUCACCACCCUUGAGUUGUCAGCCAUGGAUCAAGAUAGUGAGCCAAGUGAUCUGCUGUACAAGAUCACCAAACAGCCCCAGCUGGGACACCUGGAACACACUGCAUCGCCAGGCAGAAGGAUAAGCUCCUUCAGACAGGCAGACCUGGUCUCACGCAGCAUACACUACAUCCAUACCAGCGAGGCUGAGAAACAUUCUGACGCUUUCACCUUCUCCGUUUCUGAUGGCACACAUGAGGUGAGCCAGAAUUUUGACAUCACCAUUAAACCGAUAGAUGAUGCCUUACCUGUGGUGCUGAGCCCUGGGAUGAGGGUUCAAGAAGGAGUGAGGAAAACCAUCACAGAAUUUGAGCUUAAAGCCACAGAUGCUGACACAGAGGCCAAAUCUCUCAGAUUCACCAUUGUACAACCUCCUCGCCAUGGCCUGAUUGAAUGUACCAAUGAUGGGCACCAUCAUCGCCCAAUCAAUGCUUUCACGAUGGAGGAUGUCUACCAGAACCGAAUAAGUUAUAGUCAUGAUGGAAGCAACUCCUUGGAGGAUCGCUUUACCUUCACUGUGUCUGAUGGAACCAAUCCUUUUUUUGUUGUGGAAGAAGACAGGAAAGAGAUUGUGACUGCUGCUCCUCAGUGGUUUAGGGUGGAAAUUCUUCCUGUGGAUGAUGGAACUCCAAGAAUCGUCACAAACCUGGGUCUCCAAUGGCUGGAGUACAUGGAUGGCAAGCCAAAAAAUCUGAUUACUAAGAAGGAGCUGUUGACCAUGGAUCCUGAUACAGAUGACAAACUCUUGGUCUAUGAGAUAACAGUGAAGCCAAAACAUGGCUACAUAGAGAAGAAGUUGCAACCUGGAAUACCAGUGACUACAUUUACACAAGAGGAAGUGAAUUUGGGAUUAAUCCAGUAUGUGUUACAUGAGGAGAGAAUUCAAGAGGCAGAAGACAGUUUUCAGUUUCUGGUGAAGGACAGCAAACCCAGCAUGGUCACUGACAAUACUUUCCAUAUCCAGUGGUCUCUUAUCAGCUUUCAGCACACAAGCUACAAUGUCAGUGAAAAGGCUGGUGCCAUUAGCGUCACCGUGAAGAGGACAGGUAACCUCAAACAAUAUGCUAUUGUUCUGUGUCGCACCGAACAGGGAACUGCUACCUCCAGUUCAAGUCUGCAGCCAGGAGAACAGGACUAUGUUGAGUAUGCAGGCCAGGUGCAGUUUGAUGAACGAGAGGACACUAAAUCCUGCACCAUCAUUAUCAACGAUGAUAAUGUCUUUGAGAACACCGAGAGCUUCACUGUGGAGCUUAGCAUGCCAGCCUAUGCCUUGUUGGGAAGCAUCACUGAGACCAAAAUCUUCAUUAGUGAUGAGGAAGAUGAGCCUACCCUCCAGUUUGACAAGAAAGUCUACCAUAUCAGUGAGAGUGCUGGCAUCCUGUCUGCUCCCAUUGAAAGAAAAGGUGACUCUAACAGCAUUGUGUCUGCAGUUUGCUACACUGUCCCCAAAAGUGCUAGAGGCAGCAGCAUGCAUACCCUGGAGUCUGGUUCAGACUUCAAGUCCAGGGGGAUGUCCAACCAGAACCGUAUUGUCCUUGGGCCAGGUGUCACUAUGACCACCUGUGAUGUGAAGCUCAUUGAUGACAGUGAGUACGAGGAGGAGGAAGAAUUUGAAAUUGCGCUUGCUGAUGCAUCAGAGAAUGCGCGAAUAGGAAGCAUAGCUUCAGCCAAGGUUAUGAUCAGCGGGCCCAAUGAUGCCUCAACAGUGUCCCUUGGAACUGCUACUUUUACUGUUAGUGAAGAUGCAGGGAUUAUUGAAAUCCCAGUUACUAGGCAUGGUCCUGAUCUCUCAACCCCUACCUCAGUGUGGUGUGCCACUCGGACAUCUGACCCACCAUCUGCUACACCAGGGAUUGACUAUAUACCGAGCUCCAAGAAAGUGGAGUUUCGCCCAGGAAGAAUUGAAGAGUACUGCACCUUGACAAUCUUGGACGAUGCCCAGUACCCAGUGAUUGAAGGGGUAGAGACAUUUGUAGUCUACUUGAGCUCACCACAAGGAGCUGAAUUGGCCAAGCCUUUCCAAGCAGUAGUGGCCAUUAAUGACACCUUCCAAGAUGUACCAAACAUGAAAUUUAGCAAAGAUUUGUAUCCUGUGAAAGAGAAGGAUGGGAUCUUGCAUGCUUCUAUUAUCCGUACUGGAGACUUGAGCUAUGAGUCUUCUGUCAGAUGUUAUACCCGGAGUCAGACAGCCAGGGUCAUGGAGGACUUUGAGGAAAGGAGAGACACUGAGGAAUCACGUAUCAUUUUUCUGAAAGGGGAGAAGGUGAAGAACUGUACUGUCUUUAUCAAUGAUGACUCUGCAUUUGAACCAGAGGAGAAGUUCCAGAUAUACCUGAGCCACCCACUUGGAAACCACUGGAGCGGGGCUACCGUUGGGAAGAACAACAUGGCCAUAGUUAUCAUCUCCAAUGAUGAAGAUGCACCCACCAUUGAGUUUGAAGAAGCUGCCUACCAAAUCCGUGAACCUCCAGGGCCUGAAGGUGUUGCUUUCUUAAAUGUCAAGGUGAUCCGGAGGGGAGACCAGAACAGGACCUCCAAAGUUCGUUGCAGCACCCGCGAUGGAUCAGCCCAGUCUGGAAUCGAUUAUUAUCCAAAGAGCCGGGUCCUCAAGUUUAGCCCUGGUGUGGAUCAUAUCAUAUUCAAGGUGGAAAUCAUGUCCAAUGAAGAUAGAGAGUGGCAUGAGUCCUUCUCACUGGUAUUAGGACCAGAUGAUCCCGUUGAAGCUGUCCUGGGGGAGAUCACCACUACAAUAGUGACCAUUCUUGACCAAGAAGCAGCUGGAAGCCUCAUUUUACCAGCCCCUCCUAUUGUGGUUUCACUGUCUGAGUAUGACCAUGUGGAAGAAGAAAACAAAGAAGGUGCAAAGAAGUCCCCCUCUCCAGGUUACCCACUGAUAUGUGUGACUCCUUGUGAUGCUCACUUUCCCAAAUACUCAGUUAUGAAGGAGCGCUGCAAUGAAGCUGGGAUCAACCAGUCAUCCAUACAGUUCAGCUGGGAAGUGGCAACUCCUACUGAUGGAAAUGGGGCCAGAUCCCCCUUUGAAACAAUUACGGACAACACUCCAUUCACCAGUAUCAAUCACAUGGUGCUGGACAGCAUUUAUUUCAGUCGGCGAUUCCAUGUGCGAUGUGUAGCUAAAGCUGUGGAUAAAGUUGGCCAUGCAGGCACACCACUGAGAAGCAAUAUAGUCACUAUUGGGACAGACAGCGCCAUCUGCCACACACCAGUGGUUGCUGGAACAGCCCGGGGCUUCCAAGCCCAAUCUUUCAUUGCCACAUUGAAGUAUCUGGAUGUCAAGCACAAAGAACAUCCCAACAGGAUCCAUAUCUCAGUGCAGAUUCCACACCAAGAUGGGAUGCUUCCGCUCAUCUCCACUAUGCCACUGCACAACCUGCAUUUCCUCCUGUCAGAAUCUAUCUAUAGGCACCAACACGUCUGUUCUAACCUAGUCAGUGUCCAAGAACUUAAAGGCAUCUCAGAAGCUGGAUUCCUAGAUGAAGUGACCUACAAUAGUCUUGUUCUGGGCCCUGGAUAUGAUCGGGCAUACCAGUUUGAUCCCAAUGUGAGAGAGCCAAAAACUAUCCAGCUUUACAAACAUCUGAACCUGAAGAGCUGCAUUUGGACUUUUGAUGCUUACUAUGACAUGACAGAAUUGAUUGAUGUCUGUGGAGGAUCAGUCACUGCUGACUUUCAGGUUAGAGAUUCUGCUCAAUCCUUCCUGACAGUCCAUGUCCCCUUGUAUGUCUCCUACAUUUAUGUAACUGCUCCCAGAGGUUGGGCCUCCCUUGAACAUCAUACUGAGAUGGAAUUUUCUUUCUUCUAUGACACUGUUCUCUGGAGAACAGGUAUUCAGACAGACAGUGUCCUUUCAGCUAGGCUUCAGAUCAUAAGGAUCUACAUUCGAGAGGAUGGCCGACUGGUCAUUGAGUUCAAAACUCAUGCCAAGUUCAGAGGUCACUUUGUGAUGGAACAUCACACUCUGCCUGAUGCAAAGUCUUUCAUAAUGACCCCUGAUCAUCUGGGAGGGAUUGAGUUUGACUUGCAGCUUUUAUGGAGUGGCCAGACAUUUGACUCCCCUUAUCAGCUCUGGAGAGCAACCAGUUCUUAUAGCAGGAAAGACUACUCAGGAGAAUACACCAUCUACUUAAUACCUUGUACAGUGCAGCCCACACAGUCAUGGGUUGAUCCAGGAGACAAGCCUUUACCAUGCACUGCGCAUGCUCCAGAAAAAUUUUUGAUCCCAAUUGCCUUUCAGCAAACUAACAGGCCAGUGCCUGUUGUAUAUUCCCUGAAUACUGAGUUUCAGCUCUGCAAUAAUGAGAAAGUGUUUUUGAUGGACCCAACUAAAUCAGAAAUGUCAAUGGCAGAGAUGGACUAUAAAGGAGCAUUUUCAAAAGGUCAAAUCCUAUAUGGCCGGGUUAUGUGGCAUCCUGAACAAAACCUCAACUCAGCCUACAGACUGCAGCUGGAAAAGGUGUACCUCUGUACUGGGAAGGAUGGCUAUGUGCCCUUUUUUGACCCAACGGGGACCAUCUAUAAUGAGGGACCACAAUAUGGUUGCAUCCAACCAAGCAAACACCUAAAGCACAGAUUUCUGCUGCUGGACCGGAAUCAACCAGAAGUGACAGACAAAUAUUUCCAUGAUGUUCCUUUUGAUGCCUGUUUUGCUUCCGAGUUGCCAGAUUUGUACCUGGUCAGCAGCAUGCCUGGAGUGGAUGGCUUCACCAUGAAAGUGGAUGCACUGUAUAAGGUGGAAGCUGGGCACCAGUGGUAUCUUCAAGUGAUCUACGUUAUUGGUCCAGAGACCAUUGCAGGGCCCCGGGUGCCACGUUCUCUCAUACACCAGCUAAAGCGCAGCCGGCGAGAUCUUGUGGACCAUAGGAGUGGUUUGAUCCUGGAUGACUCCUUGAUCUAUGACAAUGAAGGCGAUCAAGUCAAGAAUGGCACUAAUAUGAAGUUUCUCAAUCUGGAUCAGCAAGAGGCUGUCUCCGCUGCCUCUCUCUCUCAGACCGGGGCUUCGAUUGGCAGUGCCUUUGCCGCUGUCAUGCUUCUCUUCCUUGUGCUCUUAGUCACUUGCUUUGUCACCCGGAAAUGUCGGAAGCACAGGAAAAAGAAAAAGGCUGCAAAAGACAUCCCAGAGCAAUACCCUCUCAAUACCAAAGUGGAAGCAGCCAAGAAGAGCUCAGAGAGGAUGGAGAAGAAUAUAAACAGACAGUACUGCACUGUAAAGAACCUGAACAUCCUCUGUGAAAAUGAAGGAGCCUACAAGGUCAAGGGGGUAAAAGUCAAGCAAGUGAACUUGGAAGUGAAAGUUCACAACAAUUUACAUGAUGGAACAGAGGUUUAAUGGCCUGUGCACAUUUUCUGGGUGGUCAAAUCUUUUUAUAAAUUGUAAAAAGGAGGGGGGAAGAAAGGAACUUCUAUAAAAAAAUUUUUUUAAAAAACCAUCCUGGUAUUUUUAUAACAAUUUUGUGGGAAAAGGGAAGAAUUAUACCUUCGGGGGGUUUGUUUGUUUGUUUGUUUGCCUGAGUGGUGAACAAACAAUAUAUCUCUGCAUGCUUCCACUCCACAACGGAGCUACCUCAUUGAAAGCAGAACUGUGUGAGGUUCCCAAGAGAGGAAGUGUUGACUGACACCUCUUGCAUUCCGUUUGCCCAUGUUCUGGGGCUCCAAAUCUCUUCUGUUCUCCAUCUGCUGUAUUUUUGUAUUCAUCAAAAGUAAUAAAGGUGCCACAAGUGAAUGAAGCUUCCUCGGAGACAGGAGAAAAGUGCAAUGUAUUCUGUAGAAUAGCAGCUUUCACCUUGGGCAGGGUUCUGCAAGAGGUUACUAGGGGUUCUGCGAGGUAUUGUGCUUGUGGGGGGGGGACAUUAUUUCUGAGCUAUAGAUAUAAGAAUUUUUAUCCAAGGAUUCCCUGAGACCUGAAAACCAGGGUUCCUCUGCUGUUAAAAGGAUGAGAAAACCUGUGGAACAAUGUUUCCCCACACGGUUAGCUAUUGCACGAUGGGAGUGUCCUUUAGUAGACCCUUUUGGAGUAGUUAUGUUGGGCCUAUUUUUGGUGCAACAUCGGCACGCUUGGAUGAAAGUGAAGCAUAAUAUAGCACAAAGGGAAGCAAAAUGCAAUCAAAUUAUUUCUCUUUCAGCCAAUUCAUAUGUGAUCCAGUUAAACUCAUCCAAUUAACUCAAGAGCAUGCCAGUUACCUACCAGACCAUGCUCACACAAAGUGCAGAUUUUUUAAAUUCAGUAAUGUGUGUCACUCCCGAUGUCAUGGGAUUACAACUACAUUUUGUUGUUGUUGUUGUUGUUUUUGUGUGUCUUCAAAUCAUUUCUGACUUAUGGGGACUCUAAGGUGAACCUAUCACAGGGUUUUCUUAGCAAAAUUUAUUCAGAAUGGGUUUGCCUUUGCCUUCCUCUGAGGCUGAGAGAACGUGACUUUCCUAAUGUCACCUGGUGAGUUUCCAUGGCUGAGUGGGUAUUUGCACCCUGGUCUCCAGAGUUGUAUUCGAGUGCUCAAACGACUGACUCUUCUCACCAUUGUCUACACUGGUUAGAGUUGACUGGAGAUGCAGUUCAGUAGUAUCUGGAGGGCACAUCUUCCCUGGGCCAGACACAGGUGGCAAGAUAAACUGGUGCUGAGAUAUCCACAAUGGCACUGCUUUAAAAAAGGGUGUAAUUUCCAUAACUGAAAUCUUAAUGCCUGCAAAUAUAUCACCCAUGUAGAGUCAGGAGAUCACCCAAAUGUUACUUCCACAACUGGAGGUCUAGCCCCGGGCUCUCAGUCACUUCCACCACAGCUGCUUUCUUCCUGAGACAAAAGUCCAGUCAAUUGUGUUCAUCAAGCGAUUACUGCAGAUAAAUGACAGGUUGGCUGGCUGUAUGUUGGUUAUAAUAGAUCACUUUUAAAAUGUAUGGCUUUAAUCACUGGGAGUCAGCUAAUCAAGUCCUUACCUUUUUCAAGUGAUUUAUUGUCCUCUCAACAGAUUAUGUGAACUGGCCAAAAGAGAAAAAAGACAUAAAUUCUUCUUACUAUUCACUGUAAGAGUUCCACUUUGGAAGAUCUACCAUCACAAACACUGAGCACUGGAACAAAAUCAACCCCCGCCCUUUUUUUUAAACAUGAAUGCUGAUUCAGAAUAUAUUCCUUUUAAGAAUUUCUAAACAAAAAAACUUUGGUGCCAAAAAUGUUGCAUAAUUCAGUUUAUAAUAUGUGGGUCUUACACUGUCAGCACAAUUUCAAGUCCACAAAGCACAUAAGGUGCACUUGGAGAUGAGUUGCAGGAGUGCCUCUUGGGCCAUGUACUUUAGGGCAUAAUCUCCACCAGACUGUAUUGUGGUGCCAUGUGAGUUCAAGUGCUUGACUCGAGACAGUUAACGUGCUCAUCAUUUUAUGCAUUGGACAUUAACAUUUUCUGUGUCGAUGUUGGCAUACCUGAUUACUCUUGUGAGCGUUCGGAUGCUUCUUGAUAUCACAGAGAUCAUUGUCCAAACAACUUAAUGAGAUUUAUUCAGGUUGAGGUUAUCCACAAUUUAGGGCAUUCACAAGCAUGGUCCAAUUUGCCAAAUUUGACAAAGUCCAUGAAAACUAUAAAGCUGGCUUGCCCAACUUGAUGCCUUCCAGAUGUGUUGGACUACAACUUCCAUAACCUCUGAUGGCUGUGCUAGCUGGAGCAAUGGAGGUAGCAGUUAAAAGCAUCUGAAGGCUGGGGAAGGCAGUUAACCAUAUGAGUAGUGGCUGUGUGAAUUAGCUUUUAUUUCAUGAUAAAGUUAAGGUCCCAUCUCAAAAGAAGUUAUCACUCACACCUGAUGCUAACAGUGCCUUUGAGCUUCUCCCAUGAGGAUUGUGUGCCUAUCAUUAGUGCAGAACAGAAUGUGUGUGUGCAGGGGGGGCAUUUAUAAAGGAAAUGAAUUGUUGCCACUAAUUCGUUGACAUUACAUGUGAUUUGUAUUAUGUAUCUUUUUUUUAAAAAAAAUCUAAAACCUCGUGAUUUAAUCCAUUUCAGUUGCUAAUUCUCUGCUCUCUUUUGUUGUUGUGUAUUGUGUGUUCACAGUCCAGGAUCAUGUGUUAAAUGAAAUGUAUAACACAUUGCCUUUGAGCAAAAAUGAGAUUCUAUAACCAUUGCUACCUACCUGGCCUCAUAUGGUUUUAUUUAGUGCUGUAUGCUUUUAAACUGGUCCCUUGUUAAGUAGAAAUAUAGAUCUCUUCCACCUGAGUGCUUGCAGACUUCUGUCACUGAAUGAUCAAUGCUGAAAAGAUGGGGAGGUUUGGUGUGUGUGUGUGUUUAACAGAACAUGCUUACUUCAAAAUAGAGCUCCAUAAUCACGGAACUGUAUGUUUUGAACUCGUGUAGAGUGCUUUCUUGAUGCAUUCAAUUGAGUUAGCCAGUCUGCACACAUCCAAAUAAAUGCAUAUGUGGGCUGGCUCUUUCCACUGAAAUGUAUGGAGAAGUAAUUUGAUGAAGGGAGCCUUGGAGCUUUCGUGCUCAAAACACAUUUUUAGUUUAGGAUGACUGUAUUCACCUUUAGUGCCUAAAUAAUGCCAAGGUUACUUUUCAAAAAAGUUCCAUUGAUAAGGGUCUUUUUUCAUAGUAAGCUUAAAUAGUAUCAAUUUGGACAUAACCUAAAAAUUUGAGCAGUAAGAGAUGAGCAACUAAUUGUGGCUAUUGAAGCCAGAGUCAUCUGGUUUCAGAAACAUUGGGUGCAAUUCUGUAACUGUGUGGUGUUAGUUACUUCUUUUUUAUCUGCUGCAAAAUAGUUACAACAAACUGACUGAUUUAAAGACAGUUAGAAAGCUAACAGACUAUAGUGGAACCCUCCACCUGGCUCAGAUUAAUAUCUUAUCUGCAGAUGUUUGAUGGAAAGCACUGAAGAUCUGAAAACAAUUACUUACUUCAUUUGAGUCACACAAUUGCUUUUUUCUAUUUUGAUCACAGAUAGUAUUGCUUUAGAUAUGCCCGUUUAUUCUCAAUUUCUGUGUUCUGUCAUUUGUAAUCUUGCAAUUAACUUAGAAUUUUAAAAAUCUUGAGAUAUUAUAUAAGAUCUAGUACAAUGUCAUAGACCAAAUCCGUAAUGUGUAGCUCCAGUGUACGCAACAGGCCCACAGGUGUGGGCUGUCUUUAUUCAACUAAAUAAAGAUACAGGUGUGGGAUGUCUUUAUUCAACUAAAUCAUAUGUUCAUGAGAUGCUGCCUUCCACUGGUGUGAAGUAAGGCAACCCUUUUGAAAGAAAUCUGGGCAUGCAUCAAAAUAUCAAAAUGUUUGAAUUUGUCAGUCAUGAAAAUUGGUGUGGCACAGGCAGCAUGGGUUAGAAUUGCUGCUCAGCCACCACACUCAUUGGUUGAUCUUGGGCAAGUCAUAGUCUUUCAGACUGAUCCAUCUCACAGGGCUGCUGUGAGGUUAAAGAUUGAAAUAACACCAGUGAAUGGCAUCUGGGGUUCUGUGGAAGCAAAAUGCAAUGAAAAUGUUAUAGAUACAUAAUGUCCAAAAUCCUUAUGAUGUCUUACGCAUGCAUAGGUUCCCCUGCAGAAGUGGUUGAAUGUUUUUGUCCUAUGCUGAAUGGCCCAAGGUUGCAGCACAUAGGUGUGCAUGUACAUUGUUCAUGGAUGUGCACAAUUCCACAUGCACAGCGUCAUAAUUCACUAAGGAAGGUGGUGUUGCACAACCACCGCCUAACUCUGUAAACAUAAAGUUACACUCCAUUUCCUCAAUGUAGAACCUUGGCCAGCAUCUAUUGGGUCAGUAGUAAACUUGUAUUGAAAAAAUUGAUAACAGAGUGCUGACACACUUCAUGUCUGCAUAGGUAGAAUUAUACAGAAACCAUGAGACACCUCAGUGGUGCAAACGGCUAUAAUCUGCACUGAUGUUGUAUAAAUUAUUAUUAUAAUGUUAUAAAUAAUGGUUAUAAUAUUAUAGAAGCAAGAGACCAUGAAGUAUACAUUUGUUGUUGUGUGCCUUCAAGUCGUUUCGGAUGGCCCUAAAGUGAACCUAUCACAGGGUUUUCUGAGGCUGAGAGUGUGUGACUUGUGCAAGAUGGGCUUCCAUAGCUGAGUGGAGAAUCGAACCUUGGCCUCCAGAGUUGUAGUCCAUUGCUGAAACCAUAAUACAUAUGUUCUCUUCAUUGCACAACUGUUGGCACAUGGAUGUUCAAUAUUUCUGUGCUGCAAAUGUUAACACAAGUGAGAUAUUGGUAGACAUUCAGGUUCUGCCUUUUAUAUAUGUGUGUAUAAUUAUAAUGUUCCUCUGGUUUUUGCCUCUAUUGUCCAUUCCAAGAAAGUAUCUUUGGUUGCUCUGAGUCAAACUCCCUUGGUGCUGUCAACCUGUUACCUUGAAUCUCACCAUUUUAUAUAUUUUGGAGCAUCUAUUUGUUAUAGAGUGAAUGGUUGUUAUUUCCAUUUUGCUCUUUGGUUGUUGCUGUUGCUAAUAAACAAGCUUUGGUUACUUUUCA